AGCCUCCCUGACGGGAAAAUGGGCACCUGUGUCGAGGAGCCGCAAUGGAGAAAAAUCCACUCAGUUACCGGAGUGGUACCGCGGUCCAGACACGGACACCGAGCAGCAGUUAUUCGGGAGCUGGUCGUUGUUUUCGGAGGCGGAAAUGAAGGGAUAGCGGAGGACCUCCAUGUUUACAACACCGUCUCAAAGCAGUGGUUUCUUCCUGCUGUGAGGGGUGACAUCCCACCAGGCUGUGCUGCACACGGCUUUGUCUGUGAUGGCACUCGAAUACUGGUCUUCGGCGGCAUGGUGGAGUUCGGCAAAUACUCCAACAGCCUGUAUGAACUUCAGGCUAGUCGCUGGCUGUGGAAGAAGCUGAAGCCCAGAGCACCCAGGAAUGGCUUGCCUCCCUGCCCUCGGAUCGGACACAGCUUCACUCUCAUGGCUAACAAGUGUUACCUGUUUGGAGGGCUGGCCAAUGACAGUGAGGACCCUAAUGGCAAUGUCCCACGGUACAUGGGAGAUUUGUAUGAGCUGGAGCUGCAGUCAAUAUCGGGGGCGAGAGGAUGGAGCAUCCCGGAGACAAAAGGUUGUGGUCCCCCAGCGCGGGAGUCCCACACAUCGGUUGUUUACACUGGCCUGGGUUCUCCAAAGCUUUACAUCUUUGGAGGGAUGCAAGGAUGCCGGUUAGACGACCUCUGGCAGCUUGACCUCGACACAAUGGUUUGGUCAAAGCCUCAAACAAGGGGUUCUAUGCCAGUACCAAGAAGCCUUCACUCAGCCAGUGUUAUCGGAAACAAGAUGUAUGUUUUCGGUGGCUGGAUUCCUGUUCCAGAGUCCGUCGAACCUAUCGCUUUAGGAACUGAAUGGAUCUGCACUAACUCCUUAAGUGUGCUCAACUUAGACACUAUGAUCUGGCAGAAUCUGGGCCCAGAGCAGCAGGAUGAUAUAGAGUCCCAGCUGCAGAGCCAGGGGCCCCAGAGCGACGACCAGUACGCCUGCAGUCCCCGAGCCAGGGCCGGCCACUGCGCUGCCGCCAUCGGAUCCAGGCUUUACAUUUGGAGCGGCCGCGACGGAUACCGCAAGAGCUGGAACUACCAGGUCUGCUGCAAGGACCUCUGGUACCUGGAGACAGACCGACCAGCCACCCCAGAGGCAGUGUUACUCAUCAAAUCCACAGUCAGCAUGCUCCACGUGGCGUGGCGCCCUCUGGCAGCGGCGGACUGCUACAUCCUGCAGAUUCAGCCCGUGUGUCCUCCCAGCACCGCAGCCGGCGCUCCGCCAGCCAAACCGGUUGAUCCAAGCAGAGCAGAUGGACGGGAGGGGAAAGAUGGAGAUCCUGCAGGUGUCCAGUCCCUUCAAGCUCAAAGUGAAGGAAACACUAAAAAAGGGGAGAACACUUCAUCUCAGGAUGUUUCAGCACAGCAGGAAACUCCAGUGAAAUCAUCCGGUGGGAGAGAGACGGAAGAAAAGUCCGACACUAAACGCUGCACUGCUCGACAGGAAACGUCAUCAGCCGAGGUCAGCAGCUCAACUCAGCACCCGUCAGACAAUCAACCUGCUACAGCUGACAAGAAGACAGAUUUGUACGGCCACACAGAUCAGCAGAAUCCAGACAAAGCGGUGUGGUUUGAUGUCGGCGUGUUCAAAACACUUUUCUCCGAGGUCAACCACUACUUUCUGCCAGCUGAUAACGAGCCGGCCACUACAGGCAUCAGCAGCCGACCCCAAAAUACUAAAGAGAAGAAGCAGCCAGUGCCUCAGGACUACCAGGACAGAGAGAAGCAGGAGCUGGCUCCAGGUCAGACCUACAGGUUCAGAGUGGUAGGCUUUAACUGCUUCGGCCAAGGAGACUUCAGCCCCGUCAGCGAGUUUAAGACCUGCCAACCCGGCUUCCCUGGAGCGCCCUCUGCUGUCAAAAUUACCAAGGCCAGCGAUUCGGUCCACAUCACAUGGGAGGCGCCCCCUUCUCCAUCAGGCCGGAUCCUGGAGUAUUCCAUGUACAUGGCGGUGAAGAAGAGUCGAUCCACCAGCUCGGAGCGCCCGGGUCAAAUGGCCUUCAUCCGAAUCUACCGCGGCACCAAGACGUUCUGCUCGGUCAGCUCCAGCCACCUGUACAACGCCCAGAUUGACUGCUCCGCCUCCAACCGACCUGCCGUCGUCUUCCGCAUCGCCGCCAAGAACGAGCAGGGUUACGGCCCCGCCACGCAGAUCCGCUGGAUUCAAGAUCCCAGUAAAUUGCGAGGCGCCGCCAAGUCAGACAGCGCCGAGGCUGACCAGGAUGCUGCUGACAGCUCCAGCUGAAAAGAAAAAAGUUUGCACCUUUGCCUUUUGUGUUUUGGAGAAAAGACUGCACUCAGGACGUUGGCAGUGUAUGCCAGUCAAUCGCUGUAUGAUAUUCCCUUCAAUAGUUUUGUUAAUUUAUUUUUUUAUGUAUUUAAGUACUCACUUGUACAUACAGUAUAUAAAUGUUUUCACAGCAUGCUUUAACCUCUUGCCAAAACUGUAAGUAUGAUUUUAGAUAUUUAAACCGCUUUUAAAAGUAGUGCCUUUAUUUCCAGCUACUGAUGCUUUUUAUAUGUUCACGUGUUGAAUGAAACACAGAUGGAAACAUGUUUUCAGAGCCAGCGCACAUCAGAAAAGAAGCAGGGACCACUUACAUAAUCGACUCAGUGAGGAUAUGAAGUAUGGAUAAUCUAUCAGGGGAUUGUUAGCGUUGUUUUAAGAUUAUGUUCUAUUUACAUUUCGUUUGUGUUGUUUUCUGAUUCAUCGUUCCGUUAAGAAUCCGUUACCUGUCUGUCUGAUGAAAAAAAGAACCAUAAACAACUUUCUUCAUUUAUUAGAAAGAUUUUUCUUUUCAUGAUCUGUCAUUUCCACCCAUUAACUGUGAUGGAUAGAUAUAUUUUACAUUAUUUGUCAUCAUUUCCAUUCAGUCACAUGUGAGGCUGAAUAUUCUUGAGCUUCUGGUUUGAUAUGAGUUACGUCAUUUCAAUUAUUCCUGAAACAUUUAGCCUAAUAAACAAUAUCCAUUGUUCAAAAGACACACUGACCAUAUUCUGGGUUAUUAUGGGUAUAAGUCAAUGAAUUCAAACUCCAAAUAUCAAUAAAUACAGAUGCAUUCUGCCAGUAAUGGUUCAUGUGCCUCUGGGCAGGACACAGUACUGUAGGAAUGCAGGUUUUUAGUUUUUAUUCAUGAGCAGGUGUUUUGUUAAAUAGGUAAAUAUAAUAUAUAAUAAUAUGACAGGCAGCAGAGAGAAAACACUGCUGAUCUGUUGAUGAUGACUGUACACCUUUUAUUAGUCUUAGCAUAAC